CUCACCUUUAAUCAAUAGAAUCUCUUUGUAUCCUUUAUCUUAUGAAACCUCAGUAGUGGUUUAUUUUAUCGUAAUCUAAUGUAUCUUAAUUAUGUGAUUGGUCCAAAACGUUAAGUAAUUCUUUUCAAAGAAAUUUAAUUUCAAUUUGAAAUCUUAUUUUGAAACUAUAAGAUGAAUAAUAAAGAGAUCAAGGAAUUCUUCACUGCAAUUAUGCAGCAAGACAGUGAAGUGUCUGCUGGAAUUGCUGCAAUAUGCACAUUGUUGAAGUUUCUGGAGCAUGACAAAUCGGAAACUAUUCAAGAACUUGUAUCAAAACUCAAGACUGCUGUUGAAGUUAUGAGAAGAACUGAUUGUUCAGUUACAGCUGUUGCCUCUGGUUCCGAACUGUUUUUACGAUUUAUUACUUUGGCAACGCUAGAUUUUUCUACAUUUUCAGACUGUAAAAAGAUUAUGUUGGACCGUGGUGAAAUAUUUUUAAAAAAGUUGCAAGAAGCUCGGGGGAAAGUAGGUAAAUUGGCCUCUUCAUUCAUUGUUGAUGGAUCAAGAGUUUUGACACAUUCAAAGUCGAGAGUCGUUCUGAAGGCAUUUAAAGAAGCAGCGACUGCAAAUAAAAGGUUUGAAGUGUUUGUAACAAAGUCAUCACCAGAUAGCAGUGGUGAAGAAAUGGCAAAAAAUGUUCGAGAUCUUGGCAUAAGAUGUACCGUCAUUCUUGAUUCUGCUGUUGGUUAUGUUAUGGAACAAGUUGAUAUGGUCAUGGUUGGAGCAGAAGGGGUGGUUGAAAGUGGAGGCAUCAUUAACAAGGUUGGUAGCUAUACCAUGGCACUAUGUGCAAGGGAAAUGAAAAAACCAUUCUAUGUCUUAACGGAAAGUUUCAAGUUUUCUCGACUCUUCCCUCUGAAUCAAAGAGAUUUGCCUGAUGAGUUUAAGUAUCGAAGCAGUACCCUUGAUAAGGAUUUGAGGGAUGAGCAUCCUAUGGUAGAUUACACACCUCCAGCAUACAUUAGCUUACUGUUUACAGAUAUUGGAAUUCUCACACCGUCCGCUGUCAGUGAUGAACUGAUUAAGCUGUAUUUGUAACUUACUCAUUGAAGUAUUUUUUAAAAAUAAAGUUUUUAAACAAAGGCAUUA